GGCGCUGGCACCAGUCACCGAGUCAAUUCACCAACUCUACGCUUUACCGGUGCUAUUCACUUUAUUCAUCCAUUCUCUCUAACCCUAAACGCUCUCCGCGUUAGGUUUUCUCUUCUUCAGAUCCAAUUUCGAUGGCGGCGGCGUCGCGGCGGCUGCGGGACCUCCAAUCACAGACGGCGAACAAGAUCUGCGUUGACUGCACCCAGAAGAACCCGCAGUGGGCCUCCGUCUCGUACGGCGUCUUCAUGUGUUUGGAGUGCUCCGGCAAGCACCGUGGCUUGGGCGUUCACAUCUCCUUCGUCCGAUCUGUCACCAUGGACUCCUGGUCCGAAGUCCAGAUCAAGAAAAUGGAAGCUGGCGGCAACGAUAAGCUCAACGCCUUCCUCGCUCAGUACUCCAUCCCCAAGGAGACAGACAUCGUUACUAAAUACAACACCAACGCCGCCGCCGUCUACCGCGAUCGGAUCCAGGCCAUCGCCGACGGUCGUCCCUGGCGCGAUCCGCCGGUAGUGAAGGAAAACCUCGCAGCAGGCAAGGGGAAGCCGCCGCUGACGCAGACGCAGACGCGAAGAGCUAAUGAGGGAGGAUGGGACGAUUGGGACAACGGGGGGAGUUCGGCGGACAUCCGGAGCAGGUCAACUGGGGACUUCAGGAGCUUGAACGGCGCGGGUGUGCCGGCGAGGUCUAGGUCGACGGAGGACAUCACGCGGUCGCAGCUUGAGGCCUCGGCGGCGAACAAGGAAAGCUUCUUCGCGAGGAAGAUGGCGGAGAACGAUUCGCGGCCCGAGGGGCUUCCGCCGUCGCAGGGAGGGAAGUACGUAGGGUUCGGGUCCAGUCCGCCGCCUCAGCGGAGGAACGAUGCUCAAAACGAUUAUUUAUCUGUCGUUUCGCAGGGUAUUGGGAAAUUAUCUUUGGUUGCUGCCUCUGCUGCUCAGUCUGCGGCUAAUGUUGUUCAGGCGGGCACGAAGGAGAUCACUUCAAAGGUCAAGGAAGGUGGUUAUGAUCACAAGGUUAAUGAAACUGUCACUGUUGUCACUCAGAAGACAUCAGAGAUUGGACAGAGGACUUGGGGCAUAAUGAAAGGAGUUAUGGCCAUUGCCUCCCAGAAGAUCGAGGAGUACACUAAAGAUGAUACGAACUGGAAGACUGAUAACUGGCAACGAAAUGAGAGUGAUAGAAAUGGUUAUUAUCAGGAUUUUAACCAACAGAACAAAGGCUCGAAUUCUGCUCCUGGAAGAGAACAAUCUUCAUCAGGGCAAUAUAAAACUUAUAGCUCAAGCUCUUUGGAUGAUUGGGAUCACCAAGGUAGCAGGAAGCAAGAACCAGCUAAAGGAUCAACUCCCUAUUCAUCAGGUGGGCAGUCUAGCACCUACAACUCAAGCUCUUGGGAUGAUUGGGAACAAACAGAUUCUAGGAAGCAAGAACCAGCUAAAGGAUCAGCUCCUCAUAAUAAUGAUGAUUGGGCUGGCUGGGAUAAUGCCAAAGAUGAUGGAUUUGAUAGUUUGUACCAAGGUGCGUCUAAUAAGAAAGGUCUUGGUCAUAAUGGAAAAUCAGAUGGCACUUGGACAGAGGGAGGCUUUCUCUAAGGGUUAAUUGGACUUGUACCAGUUUCAUGAUUGUUCCUUCCUUGACGAGAGAUUGUAGUUUCUUAUUGGUCGCAGGCACCGGCCAAACUGGGGUGCCGCGCAAUGAAGGUUAUUAUAUUUUUAGCAACUCUAUUUUCCCCUUUCUUUCACGUACCCUUCCCCCCUUUGUAAUUUUUUUCAUAUAUAAUUUUUUGGGAGACUAAGUUGGAGAUUUAGAAUCCAAAAGAAAGGGCUAAUCGCCUAAGUGUCAAUUCUUAAAGAGCACUGUUACUUGCGAAGUGUGAUUAAACAUGAUUGUGACAAGGAAAUUUCAGAAAUGUUUUGAUUUA